AGGAGGAAUUAAGUCAAGUCGAGUGUAGCGAGGAGGUAAAGUGCGAACGUUAUCGUUCGCUAUUCUCCCAAUAGCCGCUGGAGUGUUUCGUGCCUUUUGAAAUUCGCACCGAUUCGCGGGAGCCAGUGCGGCGGCGGCGGCGGCGCCGCCGAAUGCCGAGUGCCGAGUGCCGAGUUCAGUGAGCGGGGGUGCAAUCGGCGACCGCGAGGCGCAGGCAACGCGCCGAACGCGCGUUGCGCACCUUGUUAUCGCGAACGGACUAUGCUCCUGACGGACGAGUCGCCUCCGCGGCCGCUAGGUGGCGGUAGCCGAGAACCAGUGGGACGGCGCAUAGACACCCUGCAACGGGACUGUCCUUUCCACGGGGGAUCGUCGUCCGCAUUUUCUCGCCAUCAUCACGGACCUACGGCAGGAUUUUCGGUCCCCGAGGAGCCCAAUGUGGGUGGAAGUGAGAUGGCAUCCAGGGAAAAGAAACCCUUAGCGCCUUCCAAAUCGAAACAGAAGGCGAGUAACGAUUCCGUCUUGCCAUCCAAUGAGGUCAGGAAUAAGAAAGGCAAGUCAUUGCCGAAUAUAAAGCAGCAGCAACUUGCGCAAGAGAUUUUUGAUACGGUAGCGACAGGUAGUCAACUUUCUGUUAAACUAGAGGCGAGCUUGCCACGUAGGAAUGCCCUUAAAAAUCUGAAACGCAAACAGAACCUAAGAGCAGCCAAGGCAAAUCUCGUCAAGUCCAAGGUUACCAAAAAAGUGACCAGCAAGGACAUUCACAGGAUAACUCCUGACGUUAAAAAGGGGGUUGCCAAGGGGGGUGCGAAGAGAGUUAGACAGACGGAGGAAUCGACAGCCGACGUCACAGCCCUGAAAUUUUCCGAAAAUCAGGCUAACAACGGUGGAGAGGACGAAGGUAAAGGAACUGAAACACCAAGUAAAAGUGCCAAGAGUAAUCUCAGGACCAAAAAAACCAAAUCUGACGUUCAAAAUAAGGAAGAGGCCGGUCUGGUUAUUACGUCUGCUGCUGCUGCUGCUGCUGCUGCUGCUGCUGCUGCUGCUGCUGCUGCUACUACUACUACUGCUAUUGCUACCGUUACUACUGCUACUGCUACUGCUACUAAAGUCAGCCCAAAACUUGGUAGAAAAGGAAAAACGACGGAAAGUCCCGACUCUCUGUCCAAGAGUGCCAAAACAACCAAAUUAACAGGAAACUUGAAAAAGAGCGGUACCAGUCCUGUAAAGAUUACAGAGGCUGCUGAUAACAAGAGUGGGAAAAACCGAAAGAGCACUGGCAAGGAAGUAGAUUGCGGCGGUACCACGAUUGGUGCGAGAAGCACGACGAACGUUGACAAAUUUUCAAGAGCCCUUUUAGAUAACAAGAAUUCUAUCGAUCUUACUAUAGACGAAGUCAUUGCAUCUUCAAUGUUGAGCGAUUGCGAAGUCGAAGGCCAACAAAGCGUUACGGACAAGACUGAAGGCAAAGUGACGAGGAGUAAGAAAAUGUUGGUCGAUGAAAGUAUCGUUUUCGACGUUGAGACUACGAUAAAGAAAGAGCCCGAUGGAACCGUCGACGAUUCCAAAGUUACGUCGGACGCAGAGUCCGUAGAGACGGAUCAAGGAUUCCACUUUCAGAAUCCUAUUCAAUUGAGAAAGAGAGCUGUAUCGAAAGUUGGCUAUAACGAUCAAACGUCUCAAAGAAGUUUGCGAAAUGGAAAGCAGCGUCAAUUGUCGGAAAGUCAUUUGGGAAAUUCCACGGAUUUGACCAACGAGCCGAAGAAACGGCACAGAUUAAAUUCGGAUGGAACCGUCGUCUCGGACAAUUCGAUGGAACAUAUCUCGGAUUGUAACGUAAAUGUCGACUCUUGCUUUUCAGAUUUUACUUGUAACGAAUCUCCAAGUAUCGUAGCAUCGAGCAAAGAAGAGAUUUGCUCCAAGAACGAAGCGACGUCGAAUUUUGACGAGAACGUUGAGAUUGGAUCGGAAAUAGAGAAUAACAAUAACAGCGAUCGCGCAGAUAGGACAGCCGGCGAUUCUGGGCCGACCCUGCGUUCGAAAACUAAAGCUAAAACUACGGAGAGCGAAGCAACGAGAGACGACGAUUCGUCGGUUAAAACCGAAGACGCACGAAUCACUGCACCCAGGUGCGCCGAAAUACAAGAGGAUUCCAAAAAACUCAAUAAUCUCGAACAAGCGAAGAAAGACAUUUUAGCUAAGCUGACAGACAAAUCUAAAGGUCGCAGAAGUAGUUUAAACAUAGACAUGAAGAAACACGUCUAUUACACCUCGGAUAAAUCGGACGGUAACUCGAAACAGCUAGACGAAAUGAUUGAAACCAUUAAAUUGAGUAUUGUAAAAUCCAUUGAAAGCAAGAUCUUUGGUCAAGAAAAAAGUCUUGGAUUAAGUAAAAACUUUGAGAUACCCAAGACCGAAGAGAUUGUCGCCCCACUUAGCACAGAGUCUCAAAUGGGACUGGAGGACAAUGCCGAUGAGGAUAAGUCCACCAUUACGAGGAACGAAAUCACGUCGGAUAAUUCAGAAAAUUCAGUACCAAAAGUGGCCGAUACUGCCAAAGAGAUCGAGGAGAAACUAGUCAAGUUUGAUAUUGGGGAAGCAGAGACACAUUCGCAGAACGUCCAAGAGAACAAGGCCUCCGAUAACGACAGAGUUAGUGAUGUACAUAGCACUUGCGAACCUUCGUGUAAUAUAAAUAAUAAUAAUAAUAGUAAUAGUAAUAAUAAUAAUAAUAAUAAUGCUGGGCAACAGGCUUACAAGAACGUGGAUCAAUCUGAAGACGAGAGCGUUGGUUGUAGUACAGCCAACGAUUGUAAUACAGCCUCCUCAGUCAAUGUCGGUGGUAACGAGUCCAAGAUUACAUUGGAUGAAAAUAAGAAGAUUACGAGGAAGUCAUUGAGAAUCAGCGAUAAAAGUUCGGACAGCGUCAGCAGUAACGAAAUGAGAAAAUCGAAUAGGACACCAAAUAAAAUGGUCCCGAGAUCGAAUAGCGUGGAGAAUGUUUUAGCGGAUGUACAGGCGCAAAAAUCUACGGACGAGGAAAUUUCUACAAUUUCGGAGGAACAGCGUUUGGAUGAUAAAGAAGCUCCGUCAGUAUCCGCAUCGAUCUCGUCUGAGCAAGCGGAGGAGAGACUCGCGGAAGAACAUACACAAGCGAAAUGUCAAACAGAUGAGUCAGACAUUGAAAUCUCUUUGAACGUAACGGACAAUUCGGAGGAGUCGGAAACCUUGGAAAGUAUAUCGCGCGAGGUAGAAAGAUUAGUCUGCCAAACGGAAGAUCAAUCUGCCAAAUCAUUAGCAAGUACUAUAAACGACGUGCGAAGCAAAGAUACAAUUUCUGAUACAAAGCAGGAAAUUGAAAGCGUAAAUAAUCAGGAGGCGUCCACCUGCUGCAACGACAGUUCUACGACAUCAUCGGGAUCAGCUGUCGAUGACACGAACGAGACACCGUCGAUCAAAAGUUGCGAGGACGAAAAGUCUACCGACACAAUCGACGUGUUACGGGAAAACGAUGCGUCUUGUAAGCCAGCGCAAAGCGCGAGACGUUCAAGGGUUAACAGUAACUUAAUGAAUGUACCAACCACCGCAAACUGUGAUUCAAAUAGUGAACGUAGCCCUGUAACGUCUCCUUCUGUACGUUGCACCUUCGAUCGACUGAACGAUCACGAAAUCAAAGAACUCGAUCACUGUAGCAAUAGUAAAGAAUUAAACAAAUCGAGCUCGGACGAGAAUGAUUCGACGGAGCAAAUUCAAGGGAAAGUAAAUUCAGGACAGCACAACGAGGUUGCUCUAACGGCGGAUCAAAGCGACAGAUCCUCCUCGGAUGAUAGAGGCAUCGACGAGCGGAAACUUCUUAACGAGGAAAAUAAAAGAGUAUUACGAACUCGUGACAAGCAGAAGAAAAUGGAAAACAGACAGAUCGCAUCUCGCAAUCGAGAACACGCCGACAAUAUAAAAAUCAAGAUAGGGGAAACUGGAGCGAUUCAAAAAAUGCAAAUUUCCAGUCUACAAAGCCUCAAAGAAGCCUCCGAUGAAGCAGCGAUACAGGGCUCGGUGGAUGGUACCUCCGCUAGCGAAAGCAACGCCUCUCGGAAGACGGACGAUGGUAAUGACUCGGUAAACAGCAACGAAUUGGACGUCGGGUUGGAACUCGAGCCCCAAGCUCGUAGAGAGCGACGCGGUAGAGAGAUGAAAAAGCGCAAAGAGGAGUCGCCGCAAUUGUUCAACAGCGCCAAGACGAAGCGCGUCAAGCGAGAUCGGCGAAACGAUAAGUCCGAUCAGCAAAACAAAGAAGAGACCCUGUUGGACAACGAGGUUGCGAAAAUCAACGAGAACAAUCGAUCGUUCUUGAGUAAAUACGGCAGCGCCAGCUCCGUCCGCACGGACAGCUUUCGUGGAUUCUUCGAGCAGGGCGGGCAAGGAUUGGACAAGGAUCCUAAUUUGCGCAGCAAAUCGGAAAACGAUAUAACGAUCGUCGGCGCGAAGGCUGGCAAGGCUGGCGAGGAACGACAUCUCUCACGUAAUCUCUCCGAGAAUCAUGUGUCGCAACAGGCAGCUGACAAUAGAGAUAUGCUAGAGAACGAACGCAAGACUCUCAAGACACCGGAACUCACUCACAAGGAUUCCGACGAGACUUCCACGUCCGGCGAAUCGUUCAACAGCGGCACACCCAAGAUUCUCGAAACGCCUGAAGACAAGGAGAGGAAAGAAUCGAUUUUGCGAUUAUUGGGCCUCGAGUCGCUGGAGGAGGCCGCGAAGAGACAAAAUCAGCAAAAAACAAAGAAGGAGCAGUCAUCGUCGACAGGUACUUUGAAGACAAUUAUCAGAGUUUCUCAAAAGGAUAAGGACAAAGACAAGGAUAAAAGAGGAUCGCGAUCUCCGUUAAAAAUGGUUCUUAAGCAGCAGGGUCGUGGGGACGGAGAGGGUGAUUCACCCGAAUUCUACACCAUUCAAAAGGAGUUUGGAACCAGUGGUUUAGGAGAUAGCAGCUCUGGUGCGAACCGAAAGUUCACUACUAACCACAGACAUUCUUGCGAUGACGAUAAUGAGGAAGCUACGCCUAAGGAUCGUCAGUCGCUUGUUAUUCCAGAGAAAUCGUCUUCUUUUUCUAUACAUCCCGGGCGCGUGUGUGCCGAUGUAUGUUGCUAUUGUUUUGGAAAAUUUGGUUCUUUGGACACGCCGAUGCAUCUAGCUCAAAUAAAAUCUGAUGAGAGGCGCAAAAAGAUUUUGAACAUAGAGAGACAUCUUACGAAAGAUUCGUGCCUGUGCGACGCGUGCUAUCGUCAUGUUGAUAGAAAGGCAAACACUAGUCCAGCGAACAUGCAGCAAAAGCCGCAGAAACAACAUAGACAAUUGAUGAUGUCCAAGUGUUCAGCUCGCGAAUGUCGAGAUCCCGCGCGGCAUCACGUUAAACGCCGUUGGUUGCUCAAGAUAAAAACUGGCCUUCAGAAUCAGGUCGACAUAGACUGGGACUCGAGUCAACACACCACGAUGUCGUUCUGCGUUAAUCAUUACGAAAAGAUCGGACGCUUCUUGACAUGCGCGCUCUGCAAGCGCCGACUCGUUCGACAACACACUCAUCAGUUGACUAACGCAGAGAUGAACGAAUUGAACCACCUGCUCAGUCAACAAGGAAUCCCCGUCUUACUAGCGGUUGGCACGUUCGUCUGCAAGCUAUGUCGUUACUUUGCGCAGCUGCAACUCAAGUACAAGGAGAUCGAAAAUAUGAAUAUGAAUCACAGGAGUUUCUGCAAGAGUUAUCGAAAGCGGAUCCUACAUAAUCUUGGAAUCGACGUAGUCGAAGACGAGGAUGACGAUUUAUCACAGCAGAUGAAUCAGACCAAGGACAAAAAGAACAAGAAGAGCAUCAAGAAUUUACAGACGAAAGGUGGAGGUUCGAAAUCUCCGGAACGCAUGACGAGCGGUACAUCGGAUAAGUCGACGCCGGAACCAAACAAGAAUGAGAGUACAAUGGAAUGCAGCUCCGCAAUGAUUAACGAGAGUCGCGCCCCCAAGUCGGACAACGACGAGAACGUUGGUAUGGACACUCAAUAUCUCGAGAACACUGUGGAGAACCUAAAAAAGCGCAAAUUGCUCGAUAUGCAUGCGUAUACGCCGGGUACGUCCAUCUCCUCUCUAUGCGACGGUAUGAUAGCGAAUGGCAUGACACUCGGAAUGGAUGAGGUUACCUUGACGCGAUUACCAAAGAGAUCGAGGCUUAAUAACAGCAGCAGCAGCAACAACAACAACAAUAAUAACAAUAACAACGACAUAACACCUGUAGUGCAAAGACUCGGGGCAAAUCCCUCGAUAAGCGUACGCACGCUCUUCCCGGGCGAGGAGGAAAUGAAUCUUCAUGUUAACAUCGAGUUUCAGAAUGUGCGCGAAGUCACACCGCAAGGAUGGGAGAAGUGCGCGACGAUGAUCCAGUACGAUCGCGAGACCAAACAUCUCUGGCAGCAAUUGCAACGACCAUACGGUAAUCAAAGCUCCUUCCUGCGACAUUUAAUUCUCCUAGAAAAGUAUUACAGAGCUGGCGAUCUGAUAUUGGCUCCAAAUGCCUCGCGGAAUGCGAUCAACUACUCUACAUCGGUGCAAAAUAGACUGAUAUCGUACGAAGGCCCGGAGAAAAUGGAUGAACCUAUAAUGGAGCCAAUUGCGACGGAGUACAGUAAUCCGCGCCGUUUGAGUGGCGGCUACAUGCUGGAAAAAGACAACAGAUUGUCCGUGACUGGCACAAGUUUAAUAUCUAGACCAUCGACUAGCGGCGGCGGUGGGAAUGCAACAUUAUCGUCACAUUCGGUCAAACUGAACUCGUCGCGAAUGCUCAAACUCAAUUCGGGGAUAUCAAUCAUAAAAAAGUCGCCUCCAAAUUUGCAACGAUUGAAUUUGUCGUCUAUUAGCGGCGGUAAUAACGGCGGCAGUAGUAGCGGCGCUAGUGUCAGCGGUAACGGUGGCGGUAGCGGUAGCGGUAGUGGUAGCGGCAACGGCAGCGGCAGCGGUAACGGCGGUGGCAAUAGCAAUGGCAGUGUCGGCGUCGGCGUCGGCGUCGGCGGUAUCGCGAACGGUGGCGGCGGCGGCGUCAAACGAAGAGACAGCCAGGGUUUAACCUCCGUCUACAGCAGCGGCAGUAAGAUGUUUACAUUGAGCGAGUCUGACGUGAAGCGAAUGCAAACGUUAAAACGACAGAAAUUUAACGACAGAUCUGUUGCCGGCACAAACAACGGGUCGUCGGCUAGCGGAAGUUUCAGAUCCCAAUAUCAAAAGGCACAGAUUACCGUUCCCGGUCACAAUCAGCAAUUUCAGAGACACUUGCGAAUGCAACAAGAGAUGUUGAGUCGUCAAAGCCGCGGUGACUUUGAGCCACUGAUAUGCGACAUUACGCGUACCGCUAUUCGCGCGAAUGAAAACAGCCCGACAAUCGGACAAAGCAUCCUUCACAACCUCAAUCUACCCAAAUCGAUCCAGGUGACGACCAAGCCGACGUCAUCGACGAGCAAUCCUAUUCCGAUUUUGCCGAAAAUCCCGAAAUCUUUGACGGUAAUACCGCAAACCGUCACGAGAUCCACUGAAAAAUGAGAGAAUGAGAAUGAGAUUGAGAGACGUAAGUAGACGUUGUGAACGCAGUCUCUUCUUUUUUUUUCUAUUUUUCUUUCGUUUCGUUUCAUUUUGUUUCCUCUUAAAGGAGGAAAUACAGAGUGCGGUGAGGAUGGAAGAUCGAUUGUACAAAAUGUAUUUGCAUACGCCUUUUUACGCGUUUGAUAUCGAUCAAAUCUCGAAAUUGCCGCCAAAGCAAAGCAAGAUGAUAAUGAUGUUUACGGUCAGUGCUUUGAGAGCAAUUUUUGCCUUAUGUGAGCGCAUCGCAUAUGCACUUACCGAGCCUGAACGCUCAAAAAACAUACAUUGAUUUUACGUUACGAUUAAGACGAGACUAUAGCGAUUUAUAUAUUCUUGUUGUAUCGAUCGUGAUCACAAACUUGUAGAUAGAUUAGGAUAGGAGUAGGAUAAUUCGAAGAAAUUAAGACACUUGGAUUCUAACGAUAUUAUACAUAUAUAUUAACAACCAAAGUUUCGCUAUAAAAUGCAUUAACGAAAAACGUAUUGAACAAAGCUGUUUUCACGGAAAGUGCCUAAAAUGACAAGAGGUUGGCGGAAAAUCGUUACUUUACGAUCGUUACAUUACGUAAUUAUACAUAUGAGAUUCGGACUCUCGAUGUGGUACACCUGCACCUCGAGUCUUUACUAAAAUACUGGUACAAUUUGCAGAGGAAAGAGUGAUCUUUCGUGAAGAAAGAUCAAUAGUGGCUGAAUUUCAACAGUGACAAUAUGCAAGCGGAAUAAAAUUUACUUAUUUCUAGAAUAGGUCCUGUAUUGUAGAAAGGUAUAGGGGACCAUAAUUGAAAAAAUGAUUCCCCAAGCAGAAGCAUCUCGUUCAGGCGCUGUGCUUGUAACUAUCUUCAAAUACGAUCAAAUAAACGCGUGUAUUUUCAUUUAUUGAAAAUUCGUUCUCUUUAACGUUAAUUGAAGAUUUUUUGCACAAACAAAAUGUUAUGUCUACAUGGUUUUUUUCUCACGAGGGAUCACUUCCUUACCACCGGCUGUACCAUCGAUGUAUCGGAUGUCCUACACAUACGUAAGAAAUUCAUUACUUUAACAGCAUUGCGUUGAUUUUAAUUUAAAUACAUAUACAGCUUACGUCUUUUUUUUCUUUGUGUUUAGUUAAUUAGAGGCGCGUAAUAGAAAAUGUGUGCAUUAGAUAAAUAUGAGUAGACUCCUUCAUAAUUUAUCACACGAGAAUUUAAAUUAUAAAAAAAGAGACCUCUUUACUAAACUUACUUCUAUCUUAAUUCCUUCUUACUUUUAUUUCGACCGAUACGUUGAACAUAUCUACUUUUUGAAAAGGGAAAUGGAUGGUAGUGAGCGGCGGGGGGGGAGGGGAGGAAGAGUGCAAGGAAAAAAUAUAUAUCGAAUCUUGUCCGGUUGAAUGAUUGUUAUCGGUAGUUCGUUCCUCUUACCGCGUCUAAAGAGAGAAUUGGACAUAGGCGGCAAUCGCGUAUCAGCGGUACUUGCAUUCUGCAAACCACUAUAUUUUAUCUACGUAAAAAUCUUUGCGCGUUCGCGAGAACGACUCGACAAAUGUAUAUUAUAUAUAUAUAUAUAUAUAUAUAUAUAUAUAUAUAUAUAUAUAUAUAUAUAUAUAUAUAUAAUUGGCCUGCUCGAUCUUAAGAGCGUAAUGACAAGAUCGUAAGUAAUUAACAGUUAAUUUGGAAGAAAUGCUUAAUUCAAGGUGUUAAGCUGUUAAGGGAGUCGAAUAUAUAUGCAAAGUGAGUGUAGAUUUAACAUUCUAAUUGAGCUUAUUUAUUAUGUCACUAUCAUUAAUACGCAUUGUACAUAUAGACCGAUAGUACAUUAUUUUAGUUUUAAUCGAUCUAUGAAAAAUAAUUAUAAUAGAGUUGAAGCGUUACUCGAAGCCAACUCGUUUGUAGAAUUGCGGACGAUCGGACGGUAAAAAUCGACGAUCAAGAUGUGCGUGAGAUUUUCUCUUUGUGCGUUUCUUGUUGCGUACAUCUAUCAUUCGACAUUUGAUAUUCAACGCGUAUCAUCGCCACUCCACUCCAUUCCACUCCACUCCACUCCACUCCACUCCACUCUACUCCACUCCACUCCACUCCACUCUACUCCACUUUAUUUCAAUCCAAUCCUCUCCUCUCCUCUCCUCUCCUCUCCUCUCCUCUCCUCUCCUCUCCUCUCCUCUCCUCUCAUCUCUCCAUUCCUUUUGAACACAUGCGAGAUUUUCUCUGCACUAUUGUAUCAAAUUGUUCCAUAGAGAAAUUUUUUAUUCACAUUAUACAAAAACAGUAAAAUGAACUUAGCAUCAUCAAGAACAACGUGUUGCUAUAUUUUUUGUUAUUAUAAGAAAUAUUUAUUAUUAUUAUUAGUUUGAAUUAUUUCAAUUAUUAUUGUCUGUCAUUAUUGUCGCAAUUGUCCUGUGAUUUUUUCCAUUAUUCAUAUACUUAUUUAUCUAAAUAGAAAUAUUAGAAAGUCCGAAAAUUCGCUUAUUAAAUUUGACGCGUUUUUACUUGCGCUUGAAUUCCAUAACAAAGUUUAUUUGUAUGUAUAUUUUCUCAUGGGAUUUUUAUCUUGCAUGCAUUGUUGAAUCAAUCGUAUACAAUACUCGUAUACAAUAAUUAUAAUCAUUACUGUUAUGGAUUAGCGUAGUAUUCAACUACUUGCAAAUUUAGUAAAUAUGAGAUAACUAUUUUAUCAUGGUUUCAAUUAUUUACCAUCAAGAUUUAUAAUUUUAUACAACACUUGUAGACGAAUAUGUCUCUGAUAUAUUAUUUUUGAAUAUAUAUUUGUAUUAUUUUAUUGUUCUUCUAUGAUGUCACUUAAUUAGUUAGGUUACUUAAUCGAACGGUAAUACAACGUGCAAUUGUUACAUUUUCAUAAAAUCGUUUCAUGUGAAAACAAUUCUGUGCGAGAAAAUCUUGCAUCGGUGAAGAAACUAAUUUUUCCUGAUUCAAUGUGUGUAUACACAUGUAGAUAUUCUUUUAAAAAUCGAGAAACUAUAGAGAUGUACCUACCCGAGUAUAAAAACGCGAAAUAGAAUAUCUAUUUUAUCAUAAAAGCAUUCAAUGUGCGUAAUUAAUGCAUAUACAUAUAUAUUUCGCGUACACUCGUGUAUUCACACUUACAUAUAAAACCCAAACACAUUUGAUAAAUACACGCGUAAACGCGUGUGAAUAUACUAAUAAAAACUUAGAUAUAUUAUAUGUAUAUUAAUUACAUAUGACACUGCGUUAUAAAUAAACAAAUUCUUUAUAAAUAUGACAGAAAAAAACAUACAGACGCACACACAUGUAUACAUACAUACAUACAUACACACACACACAUACAUACAUAGAGGGUAUCUGAUGUUAUGUAUAAUAUUGGUCAUAGAUAAAAACAUAGGAAAUUCAACUAAAUAGAAAAGUUUUUUAGCGUUUUAUUAUUUUUGCAAUAUAACUAUUGAAAAAUUAAAUAAUAAAGAUAUCCGCAAAUUAGCAUACGUUUGCGUGAUUUAACAACAAGAGACAGCCUAGUGUUUAUGCGGUUGUGAGUUGCGAAUGUACAUUAUUUCACAAAUCCGUAUUGAGUUUUCAUUUUUACGAAAAUCGUAAAACGAUAGGAUUUUUCUAUUCAGUUUAACUCCUUCUAUCUAUUCGUGGUUAGAAUUACCUCAUAUCGAAUAUCCUCUGUGUGUAUGUGUGUGUACAUACACAUACUCACAUACAUAUAUAAUACACUAUAAUAUAAAGAAAAGUACGUGACGAUACGUUAUAUAUAUACAUAAAUAUAUAUAUAUAUAUAUAAAUAUUUUAUUUUACUAAGGAUAUUUUUGAUAUACCUAUAUAUAUAAAUAUAUGUAUAUCGAACAAAAGGAAAAAAGCAAAUCACAAUAUAGUGAUGAUGAAUAUGUAAAGUAUUGUUAUCGUCAUGUGUGGACAUCUCCGAAAUCGUAAAUAGCCGUGAUGGAGUGUGUCAUAAAAAAAAAUAUGAAUAUAACAAAUUUAUAUAAUUGUGAAACGAGAUGAAUCAAUUGCGACACAUAUCGAUAUCAUUUUACUUUUAAGUAUAUUUGUUUAAAUUUUUUCAUCGUUCUCAUGAUUAAUGAAAUUUUAAUGGCCAAGCUUGUAAUUUGCUAUCAAUGAAAAAUUAUAAAUCAUGAAUCGCAGUGAUUUUGCAUUGCAUUUAACAGUUGUCAAUAUCCUUUUUUAUUUUAUAUAAAAUUGCUCCUUGAUUAUUGUAAUUGUUUCCAAUCUGUUUGAUAUUUCGAUAAAUUUUUUCGAGAUGAAAAAUACCAUGUGUUAAUACUUGAGAUUUAUUGUUAUAAAUAAUAUAAAUAAUUCCAAUUUAAAUUAUCGAUUAAAAGAUUUAUUGUAGACAGCACAUACAACUCUGUAUAUAUUUUAACGUAGGAAAAGUCUAUUUACAGCAUUAAUUUCUAAUAUUUAUGUACAUGUAUAUAAUUUUUCUUUGAAUGUAGCGCAUUAUCUCUAUACUUAUUUUGCAAAAUAUUAACAAAAUACUGUAAACGCGAUUCUUAACAAUUUUUAUCCAUUCGCUUUUCGUUUCACGAAAGCGAAUGGAUAUAGAAAAAAAAUGUUUACUGUUGUUUGCUAUAUGUCAAAUCAAAUUGGUUUCAAGAAAUAUGAAACUUUUCUAUACUUUAUUGCACAUGUAUGCGCGUCCGAUUUUUUUUUUAAUAUUUUUAAAAUCGUCGUUUAUCGAUUCAUCUAUCAAGAAGAAAUUGUUGAAAGCAUGCCAUCUCGAAAAAAAUAUCGUUAUAACGACUAUUUGAAAUCGCGAUAAUUGUAAACUCUCGUUAUGUAAGCUCUUGGGAGCCUACGCUCAAGAUUAGCGUUACGAAUUUGUAUGCAUUACACACUUGGCACACUCCACGCACACACACACACACAUACACACACGCGCGCACACACGCACACGAACGACAAAGGAGAAAGAAUUUGCAAAUUGCGAACGAACAAGAACUGAGUUUAAGUUUAAGAGUUCUAUUUUUCUGGCGGCAUAAAAUGUAAUUAUUGUAAAUGCAUGUCGAACGGACGAUUUUGACUCUUGGCUGCCCUGAUUACCUUGGCAUUAUCAGUUUACAGAUAAUGGUCAUUUAUUUAUAUUAUCUAGUUGUAAUUGUAACAUCCACAUUAAGAGAUGAAUUGUCAAAAUCACUCGCGGAACUUGUCGAUGGGAGAGAGAUAGAGAGAGAGAGAGAGAGAGAGAGUGGCAAAGGAAUGAGGGGCGAGUUUCCUAUCGUUCUCUAACGUAAUUUGCUGAUAGAAAAUGACACUAUUGUUAAGUCUUUGAUGAAAAAUCUCUGGUGCGAAAAUAAUUUGCUGGAAGAAAGAACUCUCUCGAUUGAUGGCGUAUAAUGGACGGUUAAAUGAAUUUUCUUUCUCUCUAUUUAAGCAAAGUUGUAAGAAAGCGGUAGUUGUGCCUAUCUGUUCGAUCUUGAUUGCUCAAAUAUCCAAUUUAUUGAAAUAUCUGGUGUAUACCCGAUCGGCAUCGCGCGUCAACGAUGGACGUCCAAGAGUCAACGAACGUUCCAAGAAUGUCGGAGGUCUCGAUCUUGUCCUCGCGACGUAAAGUAAAAAUUGUUGUAAAAGUACGAAUGGAUGAAGAUGAUGCUAGGACAUUUUGGAUUACUUUGAUUGUUAAUUGCGAGAUACGCGAUUGCGUCGAUGCGACACAACACAUCGUGACACAUUUUCAGGAAUCAUAUCAGAAGGGAAUAAAAGGGGAAUAUUUGAAGGAUAAAGAGGAGCCGUUGUAUAUUACUGACGAACGAUGAGUGAGAUAAACAAUUGUGCAUGUACUAUAGAGUAGUCCUACUUUGUAGGAUUAGGGGCGUGUGUGAAAUUAUUUUAUAAUAACAUAUUAUUUGUAUAUUCCAGUUAGUUUUGUCUGCGAAAGAAAUAAUUUGCAAUAUAUCGCAAAGAUACAACGAGUUUGCUCAAAUAUGCGACUGACGCGUGAUUCGUCACGCUGAAUUGACGUUGAUGCGAGAGUGUCGCGCUCGUGAUAGCUCAUGAUAGCAACAGCUUCAUCCACUCGUCGAUCGACCAUUUCGCUUUUUUGGUGACGAGAAAUAUCGGCCGUGCUGAACGAUUGGAUGUGAAAGCUAGUCGAUUUGCAAGCUGCGCGAUCGACAACGCGGCGCGGCACGCCGCGCGCCUAGACGAUCCGAGUCGAGAUUCGCAUACGGCGAAUAAAAGAGAGGGAGAGAUAUUUCGAGUCUCUUGUCUCGCUCUGCUUUUCGUCACGAAAAAAAAGUGAAACGAAAAAAAUAUCGCGGCCUUGAUAAUGAGAGCGGAUCUCGAGGGGUGGGAGGGGAAAAAAAAUGCGAUUGCAAAAGCAAAUGUGAUGUGUGUGAUGGAGGACGGAAAAGACGUCGCGGCACGCAACGUGUUUCAAUGUUUUUUGCGUGUACGCUAACGAGAAUAUUUUUCAGAAAGGUGAUAUUUUAUUAGUGCGUAAAACCUAAUAAUUCGAGAUAAUUGCUCGGCGCGCGCGAUACAGCGGUACGAGCGUAAGCGCUUAGAUCUUUUAAAUGACCUUUUAGACGUCGGAGACACGCGCGUUUCUCACUCUCUUCGUCUCUCUUCCUUCAGCCCCGUGUUCGGAGAAAACGAGAAAGAAGGAAAGAGUCGAGCCGAUGAUCGAAGCGAAAACCCCCUCACUUUCGCCCCUCCCCCCCUCCUCUCUCUCUCUCUCUCUCUCUCUCUCAAGUGUCAAAGAUUCAGUUGAAACUCGAAUCACGCUCGAUUCGUUCCAAGUUAAGCAAGUAAAGCAACGAUCCGAUCCAUCCCUCUUAGUAAAUGCGAGGAUUAAUUUUUAAUUUAUUUGAACUUAGCCGAGACUCAAUUUGAGAGACAUUUAUUUUUUUUAGCUUGUUGAAAAAGAGAGGAGUUGAACCCUUUCAUCGACUAUCUGGCACGAAUGUAGGCUGACUUUGACGAAAUUUUUCUCUUACGCUCUUUCACUCUUCACUUCGUGUAUUAAUAUUUAAAAAGCAUCGAACGCACGGUCUCGACUCGUAGAUUCUGUCAUUUCAGUGUAAAGGAGGUGACGUGGAGUACGAGUGAUUUAAUAUUGGGAGGACAGACUUACAUUUGCGUCAGGUACAUCUCGAUGAAUGAAUUUAUAUGGUGCGCAAAAUAUACCGGAAAUUAAUAGUUGAUUAAUGCUUGACGUAAUCGAAAAAAAACAUGCAUCAUUUUUGGUUCACAUAAUAUAAUGUUUACGUUAUUCCUAAUUACUAAUUUUAGUGGAAAAUUGUAUCUAAAGAUAGAAAUGAACAGUGUUCGCUAUGUAGAUGUAACGAAACGCACAACGCUUGAACGGGAUUUGAGGGUGUUUUUGCGCGACCAUGAUGUGCCUCGUUUCGAUCGUUCGCUCUUUUCGCGAAUCUGAUCGAGACCUCUUUUAAAUCAUUGUUUAAAAGAUUAGGAGCUACCGCUCUUCGACGUAAGAAUGCGCAAGCACAUUUGUAUGCGGCGACAAUUUUCACGAUUAGGAUCGAGAUCGGGAUCGGGAUCAAGAUCGAUUCCAACUCGCUAAGGUAUAAUUUGCUAAUCAAGAUCUAUCAUUGUUAAGAUAGAAGAGAUUUUGCACUAGUAGCGCGAUUAACAUCUAUCGUAUAUUAUUUUUAAUAAUGAAAAAUACUAUCGUGUGCGAUUAGUCUCACAGCGACGAUUAACUUUACGCGUAGAUUCUUCUUUUAUAUAAUCUAAAUCGUUUCCAACUCUAAACCUAUAUAAAUUUACACUUUGAAUUAUUAUGAGUGUGAUGAAGAGCGAAUUAUACAUUUUUCGUAAAUGUAUCAUUGUUGAGCGAUCUAAAUCGCGUUGCCGACCACAGUCGAUGUAAGAGCUGCCCUAUCGUUUCCCGGUCCAUUAAAUUAAAAAAAAAAAUCAUUUUAAAUGACAAGAAUGUCCAAGUGAUAAAGUAAUGGCGAGCGAAUGAUUUCUAUGAGAGAAUUUUAAAUAAUGCUUUUUAUUUUAAAUAAAAUGCUGAUCCAGAGAGAAGCAAAACGGAAAUUAAUCAAAGAAAUCGAGAAAUAUGAUGAGAGGCGCACCGAGUGUCGAGAUAAAACUGAACGAAAGAAGAAGCAGGAGACUGUGUAUCUGAGUUUUAAUCUUUACGCGUUCAUGCUCAUACACACGUACACACACGUGUGUGCGCACGCACGCACGCACACACACACACAUACACACGGUGUUAUUAUUACGUUAUUUAAAUUAACACGUUAACGCUAGCAUGAUAAUCUUUUGUUUAUUUCGUUUUUAAGAGUAAUAGUUAUUAUAUCAUUAGUUCUUCAUUCUUUGUGUAUGUGUAUAUGUAUAUAUACAUACAUGUAUGUAUGUAUGUAUAUGUAUUCGCAAAUCUCAAUAAAAAAAUAAUAAAAAGAACAAAAAAGCCAUGAAAA